AUGGAGGGAAACGAUGGCUCACGGCGGAAGUUCUUUGAGGUGGUCUACCAAUGGCUGGUCUACUACUACACACAGGGCUCCGAAAAUGCACUAGGCUGCAUCGUGACCGAGAUGCGGUCGCAUUCUGGGGGGGCCUUGGCCGUGAAAGUCUCCCCCUCCAUCAAGAAAAAAAGACUAGGCAAGAACUAG